AUGGGUCGAAAAAAAUCCGGAAGGAAAAACUGGUGGUUACCAAAAGGUAACAGUGGUGAGAUAGCAAGGACGUAUCGCGGCAGUGGCGAGAGAAAGAUGGAAGAAGCCGACGAGAAAGAGGGGUUUCGACCUGAUCGAGAAGAGAAGAUUUCGAUCGGCGUUGGUUUGCGGUUGAAUUACCCUCUAGUUGGUGAAUGCUUGCCAGAGGACCUUGAGAUCUCGUCGACCGGCAGCGACGACGAGGAAUUUAGCAUAGAAAUGACUGUGAAACCGCGAUUCAUGUUCGUGGCAAGUCUCUGCGCGGUUUGCUUGGAAAGGUCUGAAUUUAAAGUGUUGUGUGAAUGUUGCCGUAUGCUCUCCUAUUGUUCGAUAGCGCAUCGAAAACAAGGACUGCCGGAGCAUCGUGACUUGUGCGAAAGUUUAAAGGAAAUUCGGUCGUCCAUCGCGUCCACCAUGUCCGCCGAAUCAAACGAACGACUGAACGCGGAACAGUAUCGCGUAUACAGGUUAGAGUUGCUUACGAUUCUCGAAGCAAAGAGCGGCAGACCGCUAAACCUUUGGGAGAAAGAGAUCGUUUUGUACCCUCGUGUCUGUCGAAUUUGUCGUUGUUUUAGUGAAAGUUUAAUUUGUUGCGCGGUCUGUGCGAUGGAAUCGUUUUGUCAGAAUCAUCGAGAGGAACAUGAAAAAUGGUGCAAAGAGUUUCAAGUGUUGCAAAGAUGUUUGUUCCUACAGAACAAACACGGUUGUGUUUAUCCAAAAAUUCCGAAUAAACCACAACGAUCCAGCGUUGCGUUAUCCGAUACCAGUUUCGACGAGUUGAUAAUGCAUCGAAUUUACGAGAACUCCUCGUAUUACCGUGAAAUGGAUUGUUUCACGUAUUCCACGCUGUCUCAUCUGUGUACGAUUCCAUUGACGACACUGUAUUCGAUAGAAAUAUCCUGCCCUGAGUGGCAGAAGAAGACCGAGUUGGUCGUGCACGUGCUCGGGGCCGAAUUUCAAUUCGAGGGCGUAAACUUGCACGUCUGGGAAAAGAUGUUUCUUCAUUUUCUGCCAAACUUGAAGAGGCUGUGUUUAGUAUUGGUCGGGCCGGAAUUGCGAUUACCGAAUGGCGUGCCACCGAAUCUUUUAUCGAAAGUGAAACUUUGCUCCGAGUGCAAAGCUGCAAGCAGGGCCGUUGUUGUUGUCUUUCGGCCUGAAACACUUUAUCACGAACUCGUUCGCGAAAAACUCGAGCAUGAUGUCAAACCUGAUCUAAUUUGUGCAUUCAAUCCGGGUCUAUAUAGAAAAACUGGUUUCGCAGGAAAAGACACGUGGCCGGAAACGAUAAAGGAAUUUUGUAAAACAAAAACACCUGUUGUUAUCACAGCGUACACGGCGGACGAAAUGUUUUGGGAAAUUGCCCGGAUAAAGUCUGUCGAUAAGAUCGAGGUUAUGUUGGAAUCGCAACAAAAUCCAUUUGCCUCGAUUAAACCGGAUCGAAACUUUGUUAGCGAUGAUACAAGUCCACUUAUAUACAAGAAUUAUUACAUCGGUAUAAUUAAAGGUGAAUCAACUUUACCAUAA